CCGUUACUCUUGCGGUUCUUACUGCACGGUGCGGGCGCGCGGGGCGGUUUGGGCGCGCGGGGCGGGUGAUCGGUUUUUGCGCGGUGCUGUGCUGUGCGGUGCGUUGUGAGCCGGUCCUUCCGGGGGAGGUCAAGGCUCAGCCUGGUCCAGCCUCCAGCUUCUCUGGAUCUCCAGGGGCGCGGGGGGAUGGAUCCCCCCUCCCCCAGCCCCCACCCAAAGAAAGAGGGGGAGCCCCCCCAGCUCCCACCCAGGGACCCCCCAACGUCCGCCCUCCGGAUCAGGCGACUGACUAGGAGCCCUACCAGCGCCUCGGUGCAGGUGACGGAAGUCGAAAUGGCCAACAUCCAGAGUAUCUGGUCCAAGAUGAUGGAGAACCUGGAGAAGAAUGGCAUAGACAUCUUCACCAGGAUGUUCAGAGAGUACCCGGAGACGAAGAAGUACUUCAAGAACAUCCCGUUAGAGGGAAACCUGCAGGAAAACCCUCUCCUCCGCUCCCACGGCCGCCGCGUCAUGGUGGCCCUCGACCGCAUCAUCCAGAACCUGGACAACUGGAAGCAAGUGUGCAAGAUUCUCAACCCCCUGGCCGAGAAGCACAAGAUCAUCCACUCUGUGGAGGUGCAGAAUUUCCAGUUCAUGCUGAAGUGCGUCGGAGACAUGUGCCAAGACUCCCUGGGCCCCGGCUACACCCCGGAGAUGGCCGAGUCCUUUCAGAAGCUGCAGUCGUCCCUCUACGAUCAGGUGGUCAUUACCUACCUGCACGCCAACUCCGACUAGCCCGCGAGGAAGCUCUGAGGGAGAGGGAGCCUGGGAAAAAUAUGGCCACGAUGGGAGGGUUAGGCUGGUCCAUGGCCAGGGCCACGGUGGGGCGGAGGGAGGAAGGGGGGUGGGCCUGUGUUCAGAAGGGAUGUCAGAAAUAAAUAGCUACU